AUGGUGAGAGACCUGCUAGCAACCAACAGGUCAUCUAUCUUCAACGGUCAUCAGGGCCAGCUCUCUCUUACUGCCAUGUUCCUGGAUGAGUACCGUGACCGCCUCUUCCUAGGAGGGAAAGAUGUCCUGUAUUCUCUCAUGCUGGGACCCACCAGCAGCGAGUCCAAAGAGACGGAGUGUGCCAACUUUGUCCGCCUUCUUCAGCCAUACAACCGCACUCACCUCCUGGCCUGUGGCACCGGAGCCUUCCAGCCGAUGUGUGCCUUCAUCUAUGUGGGGCACAGAGGAGAGCAUGUGUUUACUAUGGACCCUACAAAUGUGGAGAAUGGACGAGGGAAGGUCCCACAUGACCCCAGCCUCCCCUUUGCCAGCACCUUCAGUGGUGGGGAGUUGUACACAGGACUGACGGCAGAUUUCUUGGGAAGAGACUCUGUGAUCUUCAGGAGUAUGGGAGAUCGCUCUAUCAUGAGGACAGAGACUGACCAUAAAACUCUUCAUGACCCUAGGUUCGUCGCAGCCCACCUCAUCCCAGACAAUGACGACAGAGACAAUGAUAAAGUGUAUUUCUUCUUCACGGAGAAGGCCACGGAGGCAGGGGACAGAGAGGGGGCCAUACACACACGUGUUGGACGAGUGUGUGCGAAUGAUGUGGGAGGCCAGAGGGUGCUGGUGAACAAGUGGAGUACCUUCAUCAAAGCCAGGCUGGUUUGUUCUGUACCAGGACCUCAUGGCAUUGACACACACUUCAACCAACUGGAGGAUGUUUUCCUUCUGAGGACCAAGGAUGAGAGGAACCCUGAUGUCUAUGCAAUCUUUAGCACUAUUAGUAAUGUCUUCCAGGGUUUUGCGGUGUGUGUUUACCGUAUGGCUGACAUCAGAGAAGCCUUCAAUGGACCCUUCGCUCAUAAAGAGGGCCCCGACCACCAGUGGGAGGCCUAUGAGGGCAGGGUCCCUUAUCCAAGACCAGGCGUGUGCCCCAGUAAAAUCACCAACCAGCCUGGCAGAGAGUUUGGCAGCACAAAGGACUUCCCUGAUUCAGUGCUGCAGUUUGCCCGCAGCCACCCGCUGAUGUGGCGACCAGUAUAUCCUGCCAUGCGCCAGCCUGUGCUUGUAAAGGCCAAUAUACCUUACAAGCUGAAACAAAUUGUGGUGGACCGGGUUGAGGCAGAGGACGGACAGUAUGAUGUCAUGUUCAUUGGCACAGACAUUGGCACCAUAUUGAAAGUCAUUGCCCUGCACAGUGGAAACAGUCUGGAGACAGAAGAGGUCACACUGGAAGAGCUACAAGUCUUUAGAGUGCCAACUUCAAUUACAUCGAUGGACAUAUCAGUCAAAAGGCAAGCCCUUUUCGUGGGCUCUCCUGUAGGUGUGGCCCAGGUGAAGUUGCAUCGAUGUGAAACUUAUGGGAAAGCCUGUGCUGAGUGCUGCCUUGCCAGAGACCCUUACUGUGCCUGGGAUGGAUCAUCCUGCUCCCGAUACAUUUCCAACAGCAAACGCCGCUUCCGCAGACAAGACAUUAGGCAUGGAAACCCUGUGCUGCAGUGUGUGGAUCAGAAUCUGAGUGAAGAACUUGAUGUAACAGAGGACAGGGUGGUCUAUGGGACUGAGAACAACAGCACAUUCCUGGAAUGUGUUCCUCGAUCUCCACAAGCUUCGAUUACCUGGCUUGUCCAACGCGACGACCGCAAAGAAGAGGUGAAGCUCGAUGAUCGUGUGAUGCAUACUGAGCAGGGCCUCCUCUUUCGUCGCCUCUUCCGCCAUGAUGAAGGCACGUACAUCUGCCGUUCAAGAGAGCAUGGCUUCACGCGGACCCUGGCCCGCCUCACCCUCGAAGUCCUUCAAGGGGACACUGUAGAUGAGCUCAUGGCUCGCGACAACGCCGGCCUCCCUGACUCUUUUAAAGACCGAUCAACUGGAAGAUACAGGGACUGGAUGCCUUGUAGCGCAUACAGCAGGAGUGGCACAUCGGGCCAAAUAGGCCAAUCGCGUACGUGGUUCAAGGAUAUCAUGCAGCUGAUCGGGCCCUCAAACCUGCCCCAUGUGGAGGAGUACUGCGAGAGGAUGUGGUGUAAUGACAAGCUGAGGAGGAAACACAAGAGCAUGUUGGAGAAAUACCGCCAGGCGCAGGACAGCGCGAGGAAAGCACGUAGCAAGAGCUCCAGCGAACGCAACCGAACACCGCGGGACCUCAGCGCAUGGGACGAGUAA